GGACAGGUUAAGCUACAUCAACCAAAGCCAGCGACAGGAGAGCUUCGUUCUCUGCAGCAAGCAAAGCAAGAAAAUAUCGGGAAAUUCGCAUGGCAAGCAUUCAAACUUGCUAAUAAACAUGGCUGCUUCUGUACAGCCUCCCGAAGAACCAGCCGAGGGCGCCACCUCCUUUGCGGACCAAGCUGCUCUCACCUACCUUGUCCCUGCAGACACCAACCUCACACUGGACGACGCUUUCAGAGAGCUUGUCCGAGAAAAAGGAUCCAUUGAAUCGAUAGAAACAAGGGAUUCUCUAUUUUUCGAUGAAUCUACCGAUGUCCUCAUCGUUCUGGAGGCUCCGUCCAUGGACCAAGACGCUCUCAAGACACACCUCAAGAGACUCAUUAUUAACUUGGAAGCCCACGUUGUCAAUGGCCAAAUCCAAUCCCGAGACGCGCCGUCUUCAGAACUCAUCUAUGCCGGCACCGUAACAGACACCGCAGAUCCAUACAUCAUCAGCGACAGCGGGGAUAGCUCUAUAGAGCCCGACAGCACACAAAAGAUCUACGCCGUAUGGAAACUCCCAGUCCACCUAAUCAGACCUCGCAUGCGCCUUCAACGACCAUCCGUCAUUUUCUCUGCAUCAGCUGCUCUCAAGCCCGUCAUUGCCGCAGACACAAUGCAUUCAACCAGAUCAGGCUACCUGACCAGUGGCCAGCCUUCCAGCAUCAACCUGCUUGAAUCCUUUGGCGGUGACCCUCUGCUACAAGGGAUCCAACCCAAGCUUUCUGCACUACGAGUAUCGCGAGUUGCUCCCGUCACACGCGGCCAAGAUGUCGCAGCCAGACUCCGUGUUCUACCCCAGCUGCAACUUCCCGUGCAUGCUAUUGUCCAUUCCCGCAUACGCUUCACUAAGCCACAAACAUCACCACCUACUUCCACAAUAAUCGGCCAGCUAGAGUUUGACUUUACCCCAGAUUUUGACUGCGAGGUUAUUCUUGACGAAAUCAGUCUCUCUACGGCUACAGGCGUGGUAGAGUGUCUGAGUGACGAUGUCGCACUGAAGCUCCCUCUCAGUUGCGUCGCCCAUGACCACAUUACUCUUCUCUACGAAAUAAAACAGCAGAAACUAGAUGUCGCACCCAAAGAUAACAGUGGUUCGCUAGAUAUAGUUGUCUCAGCAUCUGCCCUUGUCAACCCCGGCGUGUGCACGCCACGAAUCAACAUGAAGUGGUCCGCCAUCUUGGACUUCUCCAACCCCAACAACCCAACACCCAGAACGCCCCUCGAUACUGGCCUCCAUCGCUCGCAUCGCCCAGCGCAACUCUCUCUCUCUAGCUCACAGAGCGUCGUUACGCCACUGAAGUCGCCGUCGGUUACACAGCCAGACGCUCUCCCUGGCCUGGAAGCAUCCGCCGCGCGUGCCGAAGCCGUCAUUCCCGACCUAGGCAUCACCAUGUCCUUCUCAGCACCAACAGAAACCAUCUAUACAGGAGACGUGUUCUCCUGGACAGUCUAUAUACUUAAUCGGGCAUCAGAAAAGAGUACGCGACCGCCCCGGAAGCUCGCCCUCGUUCCGGUACCCAAGCGUCGCAGACACGAGGCUCGUCCUGUGCGUCCGCCAUCAACGGCAACCAGACGGCAGGGCGAAAAAGAAGUAGCUGAUGCAGCAAUUGACGAAAAUGUGGUGCACGCGAUGCAGAAGAACGCUCUUGUUGAGGGAGCCGACAUCAUUUCUCUCAGCGCAGACACCCGCAUCGGUCCCUUGGGCCCUGGUGCCUGCCACGCUGUAGAGCUUCAAUUCUUGGCCUUGAGACCCGGCAUUGCUGAAAUGGAGGCAAUCCGAGUUGUCGAUAUUGCGUCUCAGGAGCAUGUCGAGAUCCAAGACUUGCCAGUUACCAUAAUAGAGCCAGCACCAGCAUAGAAAGUACUUGUUAUCUUUAGAAAAUUCCGUUAAUAUAUUGGAUCAUGACAUGAUGAGACUAAACAUAUCGUCGUUAUUGUCUAAACGCCUUUGACAGCUGCUUGUGCACUGUAAACCAAUACAAUCGAGUCCAACAAUUCCGUUCCCAAACAGUGAAACAAAAAACAAUGUUUAUGCGCCAACCCAUGCAUAUAGUAGUGCCAUCGCAGUUUUCAAAACAGGGCACUAUCAAGAAAUGCGAAUCGUAUCAUUGAUAUCAUCAUAAAAGAUCGUCCAAAUCAUCAUCCCAUCCCAGCUCCUGGUAGAUGGAUCGCUUCUCCUCCUGCACCUGCGGCAUUGGGCUCUCUGGGAUCACUCCUGGCCUAGGCGCCGACUUCUUUGCUGGAGUGGCGAAUAAGAUAGCUGCUCCGCCGACAUUUUCGUCCCCAUUUGAGCGCGGCGCGUCGCCCAUACUCUCUCUUUUAGAUGUCUUGAACAGCGGUGAAGGCGGAAUAAAUGGACCCUCGUUGCUUGGCCUUCGAAGGAACGAAGAUGCCGACGCAGGGGGUUUCGUGGGUGUGCUUCCCACAAUGUCAGGCGGGCCUGACGGUGAGGUACUAAGCAUCGCAGAAUUCUUAAAUGGGUUUCUCGCAGCCGUUGAUGGAACAUAGGGACCAAUGCUGGAUGGCGGGAUGGCUUCUUCGAGGCUGCGCAUAGGUGUAUCGGCAAUACUCUCUGCCUUCAAGUUGAAGACGUCACGGAAGCGAUUAUUCAUUGGCGUGGCCUUGACUUGAACAGUGGACGAGCUGCGCUGAAUCUUCUUUGCUUCUAAAAAGGCGUCAGUACAAGUGACUGAGAAACAAAAGUAAUACAAUGGAUGAACUUACUCUUAGCCAAGCCGGUUGCAUGGCGGUGUUCUGCUGCCUCUUCGAGGUUCUUGCUAACCAUAUCGCGGUUUGGCUUUCGAAGUCCUGAAAUAGCAUCACGUAGCUGCGCGUCUACAAGGGCCUUCUUCUUUGCCUUUGCGUCAUCAGCCGAACCAAUUACGCUGUUACUGCGGGAUAAACCACUGCGUUUAGCUUGAGAGCCUUCUAGACUGCUCUUUGACAACGACCUAGGUCCUAGAGGUUCGCUACCCUCUCGUUUGAGACCUGGGACUGUGGCAGACGUAGCAGAACGCAUCAGCGCAAUGGCACUGCCCGGACCGCGUGAAACACUUCGUCGGUGGUGUUGAUCAGUUGACAGAGCUCGCUGAAGCGUUCUUUGGGCAUUUUGAGGGGCUGGGCGUUUAGUAGCAGAGCCUGGUUUUUGAUCUCGCUUGCUAGAUGACCUCUUGCUAGACUUUGCAUGCAUUGGCGAUACGAUGACGGGGCCUCCAAGCUUGCGGUUGAUUGAAUCACACAGCUCUGGGAGACGUGCUGAGAAACUAGCGUUAAGUUAGAAAUCAACUGUCAAUAUCGUGUGAUGCGCUGCAACUUACAAGGGAACAAUGACAUCGAUACAAAAGUCCUUGAGAGGUUCAUUCGAUGCCUUCUGUUGGACAUCUGGGCCAGAUGUGAUAAUAUUUGCCUGUGAAUCCUCCAAGAAGGCCAGCUCAUCCGUCGCAGUGGAUUGCCAAAUUGUUAACCGAUCAGCAUGAACAUCAACUAGAACCGGCAGGUUAUGCUUAUUUCGCUUUUUCGGCUGUGGAGUGGGCAGGUUUUGCUCCUCAUUUAUAUCCACUGCACCUGGAAGGGUAGGCAAGCUACUAUCACCAACAUCAUCGGUGGUCUUGAGCGGUGUCAGGGCGAGGAUUUCGAGGAUUAGAAUCAUCUGUAGUUGGGUUUCUCGUGUGCGUAGAAUGGACAAGUGUGACUUGAUCUGUCCUGGAGGAAAUCCGGUGCUAUCUUCUUUUAGCUCUGGCUUAUUCACAGCCCACCAGUUGCGAAUACUGUCAUCUUCCAGAGGGUAGAGGGCAUCUUUGCCCAGCCUUUGCUUCUUGGCCUUGCGUCUCUUUCUUCGUGCCUCAUCGGAGCUUUCGAUUGUUUUACCAAGCUUGGCAAUAAUCUCUGGAGCAGUUUCGCGGUACUUUUUAUCUAUUUGGACCGUUGUAAGGAGGAGGCCUUUAAGGAAUUCGAUCAAGUCGGACAUGUCCAGAUUCGCCUCCAGGUCUAAAUGGAAUGCCGAUCGUGCUCUAGACAGCGGCCCUUUGGCGAAGUAGGCAAGAGAU